GACGUCGGUUACAGAGAGUCUGUGAGAGAAACGUCCACGAGUUCUAUCCAGUAGGCGCACGAGUAGCACCAUCAUCAUCACCACAUUAACCCCGUUCGAAGAUACCCGCGGGGAACAGACUCGCAUGCGCGUUUAGUCGAUUCUCGCGCUUCGAGUUUGGGCGAUCGCGUUCAGUGAAAGAAAACUAAAGAGAGGGUCGCUCGCACACCCCGAAAUGACGUUUUCUCUGAGGUGCAUUCGGUGAAUUUAACGGAGUGCGCUCGUUAACGACGUAUUAAUUAUUGUUCCGAAUCGGAAUACCGGUACCGGAACAGCUUCCGCGACAGUUUUCUGGAACAAGAGGACGUCAAGGCCGGAGAUUUACGCACGAAAUGGAACGCAGGACGCUUUGGUUGCUUUUCAUCACUUUAGUUGUGAAAGGAUCCAAUGCAGGUUCGGCAGGCACCGGAUGUGGUUAUCCGGGUGCACCGGCACAUAGCAGCGUGCGUUUUGCCAUCAGAAAUAUCGACCACAUCAUAGACGAAGAGGAUGCCCUUCUUAAUGAUACCACGUUACCGGAGGGCACCGUAGCUACGUAUUCCUGCGAACGAGGGUUCGAGCUUUUGGGACCAGGGCAAAAGACAUGUAAACUCGACGGCGACACAUACAUGUGGGAUCCUGAUGGCGUGCCCUUUUGCGUUCUGAACGUGGCAGGCGGCAAAGCGCCGAUGCAGUCCAGCACCAUGGACGGAGCAGCUCCGCAACACGCGGUCGAUGGAAGUAGCAGCCAGGUAUACGUACGGGAUACCUGCACCCUGACGAGGCCCGAGCGCAAACCAUGGUGGUACGUGAACCUAUUGGAACCGUACAUGGUGCAGCUGGUACGACUGGACUUCGGUAAACCGUGCUGCAGUAGCUAUGGCACUAUCACCGUCCGAGUUGGUAAUAAUCGACCAGACUUAGGAACGAAUCCCAUUUGCAAUCAAUUCACCGGAACUGUAAAGGAGGGGGAUCCUCUCUUCUUGCCUUGCAAUCCGCCGAUGCCCGGAGCUUUUGUCUCUGUGCAUCUGGAAGUUCCGAAGGGCGUCGGUAUUCUCCCGCAGUUGUCUUUGUGCGAAGCCUUCGUCUAUACCGAUCAGGCCUUGCCGAUCGAGAGGUGUCCUCAAUUCCGGGACCAACCGCCGGGAUCAACGGCGACUUACAAUGGCAAGUGCUACAUAUUUUACAAUCGCAAUCCACUGAUAUUCACAGAAGCUCUGGAAUUCUGUCGCGCGCGAGGUGGCACCCUCGUGGAUGAGAGCAAUCCCGCUCUGCAGGGAUUCAUCUCCUGGGAAUUAUGGAGGAGGCACAGAAGCGACACAGCCAAUCAGUAUUGGAUCGGCGCAAUUAGGAACUCUAAUGAUCGGACGUCGUGGAAGUGGGCUGGAAGUGGUGAAGAGGUGUCUAUUUCGUUCUGGAGCUUCCCGCAAAGUACCGAGGAAAACUGUGCUCGGUAUGACGGCAGUAAUGGCUGGCUUUGGUCCGCUACAUCUUGUACAGCACGACUUUAUUUCAUCUGUCAGCAUCAACCACGAGCUUGCGGUAGACCCGAACAACCACCAAAUUCCACGAUGCUAGUGGCCAGCAGUGGGUCAACCAACACUCCCAGCAACAUAUACGAAGUCGGAGCGACCGUAGAGUACAGCUGUAACGUGGGUAGCCUUCUGAUCGGACCGUCGGUCCGCACUUGCCUCGACACCGGUUUCUACAACGAGUUUCCGCCAGUGUGCAAAAGUAUUGAGUGCGGUUAUCCCGCGAGCAUAAGGAACGGCGGUUACACGCUCAUCAAUAACACUGUCAGUUUUCUCAGUCAAGUGCUUUAUUCCUGCGAUGAGGGAUACGAGAUGACCGGACGUGCCCUAUUGAUGUGCGACGUCGACGAGCGUUGGAAUGGACCACCGCCGCGAUGCGAGCCGAUUCGCUGCGCUCCACCGGCUGCGAUCGCGCACGGUUAUAUCGAGAUUGAGAAAAUAGACAAGGAUGAAAGUGUCUCAUUGAAGAAUAACUUCAACCGAAGUCUGCUGGUUAACAGCGUUGUCACGUACACGUGUGAGAAAGGCUACCGGCUCGUUGGUUCUCGGCAAAUAACAUGUUUAAGUACCGGAUUCUACGAUCGAGUCGCACCUACCUGUACAGAAGAUUCACGGACUACCGUGAUCCCUCCUACUCGAGGGACGAUACGUUCGACCACUGUAAAAACUCGACCGUACCUCACCCCAAGGGUCAGGACAACAACAAGUACCAGCACGGCAACUACCAGCACAACUUCUCAGCCGUCUAGAAAUGUACCUGGCACUGCGGAACUCCCAGCGACGGUGAGGGAAACAGUCUCGAGGAGGCCAAGCAUUGGCCUGAAACCCAUACAGCCUUCGUCGGCGGAUACCGGUAGCGAGCAUCCGCAAGACAACGAGAUAUCCCAGAGCGUCGACCACGCACAAGCGGGAAUUGGUGCGGGCGUGCCGGAACCGUCUGGUCCUUUCCGAGUGGAUAGCGCUGAGCAUCCCAGUGGCACUCAUCAGGCCAAGCUGAAUCUGGGGGCCGUGAUCGCUCUGGGAGUAUUUGGCGGCUUUGUGUUCCUCGCCGCGGUGAUCACGACGGUCGUUAUUCUCAUACGCAGAAAUCGCGGAAGAAGCAGCAAACAUUAUCGUCACCGUGCAUCACCCGAUUGCAAUACCGUCGCCAGUUUCGACAGCAGUUCCUCGGAGAGUCGAGGAGGUCUAAACCGGUACUAUCGCCAAGCCUGGGAAAACUUACAUGAAACCACCGGUCACAAGGCCGGCCAUCCGCCGCUUCGUCGUAAGGAGACCCUAGAUGAGCCGGGAUACCGGGAGAAUUUCCGCGGCAACAACACCGAGCGCGACGGCUCGGAACUGGUCGUCAGCGAUGUCGCCGCGUAUCCAUCGAGCAAACACGCCAGCGUAUCCGAUAAGAAGCGUCAUCAUCACCAUCAUCAUCAUCAUCACGGAAGCGCGACGCCUGAUUGGAGACAGUCACAAUCCCAUCAUAGAUACUAAACGAAGAGCGAAAUUGUAAAACGAAGAACAAGAAUCUUUAUCGAAAUGUGUUCGCUGUGUCAUCAUCCGUGAUCAUCUGGACGAUGAUUUGUAGGAGACGUGUCCUUAGCGAACAUUCGUAAAUGUCACGGGUUAAAAGAUCUUCCUUGAACGAAGGAGCGAAUCUUCCACUAACAUAAGUUGUACCUUAUAGAUAAUGUCUUACACGAAAUAGAGACGGAGAAUAAUCCGAGCAUAGAUCCUGCAUAUAUUGUUCUGUUAUGUUAUAUAAAUUAUUUACCGUCAGCUUGUUACAAAAUGUAAAUAUAUUAUAUACACUAUACCUUAAAAAUAAAGAUGACAGAUAGUCGCUUGUCGUAAGGAAGGUAGUAGAAACUGGUCAGAGGAUGUAUGCCAAAAAGCAAUGAAAUAAUACACAAUAACGAUCAAACACAGAAACCCGCAGUAACAUAAUAUUUAAAGAUAAGUUAACGUAAGUUCAAGGAUUUAUGUAACCGUUUACACGAAAAGAUUUGUUUGAAAAGACACCGGAUAUCGGCAGAACUUACAUCUGCUAUGGGUACCUUGGCCUCGCUUUAAAAAGAUUACUACAUAUAUUUCCAGAAAAACGGAAUAUUGCAUAUAGAUAUCAUUAAGGGAAGGCCGAUGUUAUCCAUUUAGAAAUAGGACAAAUAUCGUGUUAACUAUUGUGCACGGUGUACGAGCUGCAUAUUUACUUGUACACAAGUAAAUGAGGAUUCAAAGGCACACUAUAACUACGUAUAUGAAUGCCUUGUUGAUCGCUUUGUUAUACUUUCAUUAUAUUCUACUACCGAAUUUGUGUAUUAUAAGCAUAUAACAUUUACAGUUAUUACUUUUAUCAAACAUUUACAUCAAGUUCAUUAAAAUUGACAUAUAUUUAAGAAAUAAUGUAAUUACAAAAAUAGGUUUUUAUUAAUUGACUGAGAUAAUUGCAUGCGAAGCGAUUCUGUAUAUGCGUUUUCCGCGAUUCUAUUUAUCGUAAUAAAUUGCAAUAGUGCCAUUUGGGGCAAACUUG